UACGCGCUCACGGAUAACAUGUACCGGAACAUGCUCAUCGACUGUGAGAACCAGUGCGUCAUCAUCAGCGGAGAGAGCGGGGCCGGGAAGACGGUGGCCGCCAAAUACAUCAUGGGCUACAUCUCCAAGGUGUCCGGAGGCGGUGAGAAGGUCCAGAACGUCAAGGACGUCAUCCUGCAGUCCAACCCGCUGCUGGAGGCCUUCGGCAACGCCAAGACCGUGCGCAACAACAACUCCAGCCGCUUCGGCAAGUACUUUGAGAUCCAGUUCAGCCGUGGCGGGGAGCCGGACGGGGGCAAGAUCUCCAACUUCUUGUUGGAGAAAUCCCGUGUGGUCAUGCAGAACGAAAACGAGAGGAACUUCCACAUAUACUACCAGCUGCUGGAAGGGGCAUCCCAGGAGCAGCGGCAGAACCUGGGUCUCAUGACCCCCGACUACUAUUACUACCUCAACCAGUCGGACACCUACAAGGUGGACGGCACCGAUGACAGCAGCGACUUCCAGGAGACUCUGAACGCCAUGCAGGUCAUCGGGAUCCCGCCCAACGUCCAGCAGCUGGUCCUGCAGCUCGUGGCAGGGAUCUUGCACCUGGGCAACAUCAGCUUCUGCGAGGAGGGCAACUAUGCCCGGGUGGAGAGUGUGGACCUCCUGGCUUUCCCGGCUUACCUGCUGGGCAUUGACAGCGGGCGGCUGCAGGAAAAGCUGACCAGCCGCAAGAUGGACAGCCGCUGGGGCGGCCGCAGCGAGUCCAUCGACGUGACCCUCAACGUGGAGCAGGCGGCCUACACCCGAGACGCCCUGGCCAAGGGGCUCUACGCCCGCCUUUUCGACUUCCUGGUGGAGGCCAUCAACCGCGCCAUGCAGAAGCCUCAGGACGAGUACAGCAUCGGCGUACUCGACAUCUACGGCUUCGAGAUCUUCCAGAAAAAUGGCUUCGAGCAGUUCUGCAUCAACUUCGUCAAUGAGAAGCUACAGCAGAUCUUUAUCGAACUCACCCUGAAAGCUGAACAGGAGGAGUACGUUGCGGAGGGCAUCCGCUGGACCCCCAUCCAGUACUUCAACAACAAGGUUGUCUGUGACCUCAUAGAAAACAAGCUGAGCCCCCCGGGCAUCAUGAGCGUGCUGGACGACGUGUGUGCCACGAUGCACGCCACGGGCGGCGGGGCUGACCAGACGCUGCUGCAGAAGCUGCAGGCGGCCGUGGGCACCCACGAGCACUUCAACAGCUGGAGCGCCGGCUUCGUCAUCCACCACUACGCUGGCAAGGUCUCCUAUGACGUCAGUGGCUUCUGUGAGCGCAACAGGGACGUCCUCUUCUCCGACCUCAUAGAGCUGAUGCAGUCCAGCGAGCAGGCCUUCCUGCAGAUGCUCUUCCCCGAGAAGCUGGACGGGGACAAGAAGGGCCGCCCCACCACGGCGGGGUCCAAGAUCAAGAAACAAGCCAAUGACCUGGUGGCCACGCUGAAGAAGUGCACCCCCCAUUAUAUCCGCUGCAUCAAGCCCAACGAGACCAAGAAGCCCCGCGACUGGGAGGAGAGCAGGGUCAAGCACCAGGUGGAGUACCUGGGCCUGAAGGAGAACAUCAGGGUGCGCCGGGCUGGCUUCGCCUACCGCCGCCAGUUCUCCAAGUUCCUGCAGAGGUACGCCAUCCUGACCCCCGAGACGUGGCCGCACUGGCAAGGCGACGAGCGCCAAGGCGUGCAGCACCUGCUGCGGGCCGUGCACAUGGAGCAGGACCAGUACCAGAUGGGGAGCAGCAAGGUGUUUGUCAAGAACCCCGAGUCGCUCUUCCUGCUCGAGGAGACGCGCGAGCGCAAGUUCGACGGCUUCGCGCGCACCAUCCAGAAGGCCUGGCGGCGCCACGUGGCGGCGCGGAAGUACGAGGAGAUGCGGGAGGAAGCGUCCAGCAUCCUGCUCGACAAGAAGGAGCGGAGGCGGAACAGCAUCAACCGGAACUUCGUCGGGGACUACCUGGGCCUGGAGGAGCGGCCGGAGCUGCGGCAGUUCCUGGGCAAGCGCGAGCGCGUGGACUUUGCCGACUCGGUCACCAAGUACGACCGGCGCUUCAAGCCCAUCAAGAGAGACUUGAUCCUGACGCCCAAGUACGUGUAUGUGAUCGGGCGGGAGAAGGUGAAGAAGGGGCCAGAAAAGGGCCAGGUGCGCGAGACCCUCAAGAAGAAAGUGGAGAUCCAGGCCCUGCGAGGGGUUUCCCUCAGCACGCGCCAGGACGACUUCUUCAUCCUCCAAGAAGACGCGGCCGACAGCUUUCUGGAGAGCGUCUUCAAAACCGAGUUCGUGAGUCUCCUGUGCAAGCGCUUCGAGGAGUCGGUCCGGAGGCCCCUGCCCCUCACCUUCAGCGACACACUACAGUUCCGGGUGAAGAAGGAGGGCUGGGGCGGAGGCAGCACCCGCAGCGUGGCCUUCACCCGCGGCUCCGGCGAGGUGGCCGUGCUCAAGGCCAGCGGCCGCACCCUCACGGUCAGCGUGGGUGACGGGCUGCCCAAAAGCUCCAAGCCCACACGCAAGGGGAUGAUGGACCAGGGCAAACCCCGAAGAUCAGCCCCGGCCCCCAGCCGGGCGGCCCCCGCAGCCCCCAGAGGCCUGGACCGCAACGGAGUGCCCGCUUCCGCCAGAGGGGCCCUGCCUGUGCAGCCGGCCGCGGGCCGGGCGUCCCAGCGGCCGCCGCGGGGCCCGCCACCCUCAGCGCUGGGGUCCAGCAGGCGCCCCCGCGCACGGCCCCCGUCCGAGCACAACACAGAAUUCCUCGGCGUGCCUGAGCAGGGCGCAGCUGGUGUGCAGCGCAAGCGCAGUGUGGGGCAGCGGCCGCUGCCCCCUGCGGGCCGGCCCAAGCCCCAGCCACGGGUGCACGGCCCACGCUGCCGGGCCCUGUACCAGUACGUGGGCCAGGAUGUGGACGAGCUGAGCUUCAACGUGAACGAGGUCAUCGAGAUCCUCGUGGAAGAUCCCUCGGGCUGGUGGAAGGGCCGGCUGCACGGCCAGGAGGGCCUCUUCCCGGGGAACUAUGUCGAGAAGAUCUGAGGGGGUCGUCUGGGGCUGCCGCCCAGCUGCCUGCGCCAGGCCCGGCCCACUGCUGGGCUCCUUUUCCCUGGCUGACCUGUCCAGCGGCUGCGUCCUGAGCUUCCAGGCCAGCCCGGCCAGCGUCCUGGGUCUGUCGGCACCACGCGGUCCCGAGCCCCCGCCGCCUCCUGUGUCCAGCGGGCCAACAGCAAAAGCUGCCUCCCAGCCGCCUCGCAAGUGCAGAGCCAGGCCCGCCAGCGCUGCCCCUCGCCGCUGAGGCGAUUCAGGCUUGCCAGGAGAAAGCACCGAUAGCGCCCGAUUGCCAGCCCUCUCCCACCCUGGAGGUGGGGGCAGAAGCGCCCACGUUACGGUGAAAAUGCCCACGACACCCAUCACCCCACGCCUCUCCCCGAGCGCGAGCUGCCCAGACAGGAAAUGGCCCAGCGCUUCCUGUCAGCUUCGAGUCUGCAGCCCCCAGCCCCUCUGGCACCCAGCCGGGCCCCGAGGAAGGAGGCGGGCCCCUCAUGGCACCCCUCGGUCCGGCCGGGUCACCCUGGCCGCUGCCCCGGCCGUGUCUGCAUCUCCUUAGCCCUCACCCACCUGGCGGCAGACCUGCUUCUGACCUUCAGCGCCCACCUCGGCAUGGCACAGGGAAGGAGCUCAGUCUAGCCACUUAGCUGGAGUCAGCCCCCCGGAACUAGGAGGCAGCACCCGAGGCCCCCGACUUUCCAAGUGGAUCCAGCCUCUGCACCCAGCCCAUGAAAGGGCAGCCGGGCUCGGAGAGACAGCUGGAUGGGGUCAGAGCAGCAGCCCCGGCUGGGGUGGGGGGUCUCAGGGUGCAGAGGGAGAGUGGGCAUCACUGGUGGGAAAAGGGGCAGCCUCGGCAGAUCCUGAGGGCCAGCACCACAGGGGGAGGCCGCCCAGCAAAGCAGAGGGCGGGGUCAGAGGCGCCUGAAGAAUAUUCUGCGGGGUGCACCUUCUCCCCGUGCACUGACCAACCUUGGGGAGCUGCGUGUGGCUGGGCAAAAACCCCAAGACUGCAAGGGGUCCCAGCAGCCUUGCUAUUUGUCAGGCAUCAUACAAAGCCUCUAACCGGCCCCUAGAAUGUUCCAGAUUCCUUCCACUGCCCUUCUGAAGACGACUGGUGAGGGCCGUCCCGAAGCGGAGUGAGGAUGGUCUGAGCACCCCCCGGUCUCCCCACGGGGCCGUGGCUUGGGCACCGCGGAGCGGUCGGGCUCUGUCUCCCUUCUCUGCCCUUGAACUCGCCCGAGCGGCCCCCCCACUCCUGCACUCUGGAGCACGGCCCUCUGCCCCCUGCCAUGACGGGCCAUGAUGGGCACCACCCGUUUGCAGGAAGUGGGCUUCUGGGCAGGGCGGCGAGGCGAGGGUUAUGUGGUGUGCGGGGAUGGAGGCGCCUCCCCGCUGGGCCCAGGCCUCUCCGGGCCGCAAACCCCGGCACUCUGGUCCUGCCCACGUGGCAGCGCCACAUCCUGUUGACUCUGUACCAUUUCUUACAAGCCCCCUCCGCAGCCGCCUGUGUCCGUCCUUUCCGGGACUCACCCACCCUCCGGUCGCGCCAGCCCCCUGCACGCGCACUCAGGCACACUCAGCCCGGCAGCAGCGUGACCUCUGGGCCCUCCCUGGUGGCGCGCGGGGUCAGCGCUCAGCAGCUGACGCCGAUCGCAGCCACUGUGGCCUGAGUUCCGUCCCCAGCCAGGGGGGACCCCAGUGUGCAGCAGACCCCUCCUGUG